AUGAAGAAGAGAUUAUUGGAGAGAGUGUCUCCGGCGCCCUUUACGGUGCGCACGCUGGAGAAAGAGAAGACCGUCGGUGCUUCCUUCCUGCCGCCUUUUGGAGCCGCCGAUAUGAGCAUGUUUCCCGCGGCCGGAUUCGGUACCGCUCUCCGACUGUUACUGCGGCAGCAUCAGUCACAAGCCUGUGCUGUCCGGAUGCUGAAGACCACAUGCUCAAAAUGUAGUGAAGUCUUGGCAAGCCCCCGUAUGGAUGAUGCCCCCAAAGAAUAUUCACCCAAGAUUCAGCAGCUAGUUCAGGACAUUGCUAGUCUGACUUUGCUGGAGAUCUCUGACCUCAACGAGUUGCUAAAGAAAACUCUCAAGAUCCAAGAUAUGGGACUUAUGCCAAUGGCUGGGAUGAUGCCAGCAAUACAGUCAGCAGCAGCGGCAGAAGAAGAAGAAGUUGUUGAAAAAGUAGAAAAGCUCAAUUUCACAGUGCGGUUGACUGGGUUUAAAGCUGAAGACAAAGUGAAAGUUAUCAAGGAAGUCAAGAACCAUAUGGAGAACAUAAACCUUGUCCAG